AUGAAUGCCUCAGGAAUAUCCGUGCGAUCAUUUAACCUCUCAGACGCGGAAGACGUGCUGAAAUGGGCGGGUGACGAUAGAGUGACCCAAUACCUGCCAUGGAGCUCCUUGAAAACUAAAGAAGAAGCCGUUUCCUUCAUUGAGAAGGUUGCUGUACCCCAUCCAUGGCGUCGAUCCAUAUGUCUGAACAAUCGGUCCAUUGGAUAUGUAUCGGCGAAGCCGGGGGCCGGUGACGACCGGUGCAGGGGGCACGUUAGCUAUGCUGUGGGUGCGGAUCACUGGGGAAAAGGGAGGGUGGCGGAGGCUUUGAGGAUGGCUAUCCCUCUGGUCUUCAAACAAUUCCCCCAGCUGUACAGGAUUGAGGCUUUGGUGGACGUUGACAAUAAAGGGUCCCAGAGGGUGCUUCAGAAACCAGGGUUUGCUGAGGAAGGGUUGCUCCGGAAAUAUGGCUUUUGUAAGGGUCAGGUGAGGGAUUUCCUCAUCUACAGCUUCUUGGCUACUGAUAAGCUUCUGUGAUCUUAAUUGAUUUUGCUUAGCCACGAGCCUUUACUUGUUUGUUUAUAUCACCAAUCAUUUCCAGAAGCAAGGGGAUAGAUUAAUUACAUUUUGUCCUAGCUUUAUUUCUACUGGCGGAUUUUUUGUUUUUGAUUUUGCAGUAUGGAGUAUAAUUUAUUACUUUUACUAUAGAACAAUUUAAUGCCCUGUAUUAAUGUGCUUAUACUGUUAUUUUA